UUGGUAGCUUAUGGUUUCAUUCAUCCUUAAUUAGAAACCAGGUAGCCAUUAAAUCCCCUUCUCACCGUAUCGACUCCUCAGGGGCGUCGCUCUCGCUUUCUUGUGCUCUCCGGCAAACAAAAAAGCGCUACCCUACAAUCCACUGAAAGCAAGAUCUUCUCCUCGCUUGCCAUAAUCGAAAGAAGUCAAGGUAGAAGUCAGAUCAUAUUUCUUCCUCAAAUGAGUGAAGAGCUAGCUAUGAUUUCAGUAAAUUCUGAGGAUGAUAAGAGAAAAGGAGUAGCAACAACAAAUUCUACAGGAAAGCCACAAACCAUAGCUUUACCAUCUUCUUCAAAGAGCGAUGAGAAGCUUCUUCCUCAUUACAUGAGACCUUGUACUGGUUCCUGCCAUGAUUUCUGCAAAUAUGGAACUAAGCAUGUUUAUGAUAAGGAAAAGAGAGUAGCAACAACAACUUCAACAGGAAAGCCACAUACCAUAGCUUUUCCACCUUCUUCAAAGAGCGAUGAGAAGUUUCUUCCUCAUUACAUGAGACCUUCUUCUGGUUCUUGCCAUGAUUUCUGCAAAUAUGGAAUUAAGCAUGUUUAUGAUGGAAAACAGAGUCAAUCAAAUUUUAUGACUCAACCACAGAGAAGGCAGACACUGCAGCUGAAGAAAAGUUCAGUUAAUGCAAAAGAUGAACUCACUAAUAAGAUCGAAUUGAUCGAGCAGACAGAUCUGCCAUCUGAGAAGAUAAUUCGGGUUCCGGAUUCACCUACCAAUCCGGCAGGAGGAUUGGCUCAUGAAUUCUCAGUCUUAGAUCGUAAUGCUGGAUCGCAAGACCAAAUAAAUGAUCCAUGUCUUGAUCAUCCAGUUGCUGAUAAAGAUGAAAAAGCGUUUGAUGAUUCUGUGCCCGCUGCAGCUGAGGUGCAAGAAUCAACUUAUCGAUCCAGUGGAUUGUUUCUAGAACCUGUAACCGCGAGACUCGAAAGACAGAGAAUGCAGAAUGAUGUUGCAAAUGAAGAGCAUGCGGCCGUGGCUCAGGUAGGAGGAUCAUGUGAGGAGCAGCCUGUUAGAAUAAAGUUCAUGUUUUCAUCAGCAAUUCAGAAAGGUGUUGCCUCUUCUGAGCAUAAAAGUAGAGAUCCAUCAGAAGGAUUGUCGGUGAAGCAAGGAAGCAUCGAGUUGAUAAUUGCAACUCCCAUCACUGAUAACAUUGCUUCUGCAGAGUACCAAACAGCCAAUGGAGCAGACAAAUCAUAUGAUGAACUGAUCGAGAUCAAGAUGAAGAGGCUUCCUGGAUCAUCUGAUGGGCCGUCAAGCUUGACACCGAAGAAUUACACCAGCAAAGCAUCUGCUGAGUGCAGACCUGUCAUUUGGGCAGAAGUAUCAUCCGAGGAAGUUUCGAUCGUGAAUCUAAAGACUCCAGCAAUUCAGAAGAGCACAGCAUCUGCUACCCAUAAACCAACUGAUCCAGCAAGAUUGAAGAGUUUGAGCUCAGGUGACAAAACAAAGAUAGAGGUGAACAAGUUGAAGAAUCAGAAAGGAAGCUUUGGUCUCAAUGUGAGAAACAUGAUUGCAACCGAGUUCAAUCCAGACAAGUCAUAUCUCAAAACCUUGAAACAGAAGCUCAGGAAACACAAACCAUGUCCAGAUAGGAAAGGAGAAAGUGAGGAAUGUGGUCCUAAAAGGAGUGGAGAGAAUGAACCUAAUUUGCACAGAGAAGUAUCUCAGAGAACCUACAGAGGUGUUCCAGAAAGCACAGUAAAGAGUAGACUAAGAAGUACUAGUGUCAACUCAGAAGAUGGUGUUGUGACUCCUCACAAGUUAAACUUCAGCAGAGGCAAGAUGAUCAACCUUCACUCCGAAAACAAUAGUCCAAAAAGACUUGGUUUCAGGCAGGUCAAGUUGAUGGAUGGCAAUCAGAAUGGUGAAGGAAAACAGAUGAAGAGCUCUAUAAAAAGAGUGGAAUCGGAUGGUGCAGAGUCAGAUACAUCUCCAGGGGAGGCUACCAACAUUGUUUUGAGACAUCAAGAUGUGCAGGACAAGAGAGACACACAAAGCUUGCUCAACCAAGUGAUAAAGGAAACUGCAAGUAAGCUUCUUGAGGCCAGGAAGAGCAAAGUUAAGGCCUUGGCUGAUGCUUUUGAGACUGUCAUCAAUCUUCAAGAAAGCCAAGUAGCUGCUUCCCACUAGUUGCAGUUGCCUGACAACCUUGCGAUGCUUGGCUUUGUGUUCAUGGAUGCGAUUACUCUAUAAUUAUGCUUCUUGGAUUAGUGAAAGGACUUCACUGGGAGGAUCUUGGCACAAGUUUAUGAAGCUAUUUGGAGAGGAAGAUACUUGAGAAAGUUGGAUUUCCUUCAGGUUUCCUCAUAUCCUUUGAGCACUAGUUUGAUUGCUCUGUGCUUAUCCUAUCCUAUUACAUGUUGAUAACCCCAAACAAUCUCUGAAAUCGUGAGAUUAAUAUCUGCAUAAUAUCAAUAAAAGAUUUGCAUUUUUAGUAUCGGAUUCAAUUAUCAAUUUGAUGUGUUAAAGUUCAGAAAUCAUCUUUGCAAUGCACUUUAGCAUAGAAAUGUUGAGCCAAAUUUAGAUGCCCUCUCUCUCUCUCUCUCUCUCUCUAAGAUAAGGCUGCAGUGUUUUGGGUUGUGGGAGAAUCCAAUUCGCCUGCUGUGUACAGGCCACAACCCCCUUCCAAAGGCUGCCAUCUCCCUCUUUAUCCCUCCGCUUUCCCACUGCACAACAACAAGAAGGAGAUAUGAAUCUGCGAGCACUCCCUCCCAUCAUAUCUCCUCUCCUUUUCCCCC